AUGGAUAAGCUGAAGGAAUCGUCAGAAUGCACCCAGCGGGAGCUCGUUUCAAGCUCGAGUAAUUCCUCCACGGAAACUCCCAUUGAACUUACUAGAUCACACUAUGAGUUAACCCAGCAGACACCGUACAAGUCCCGCUCGAGAACGGCGAGUCUUGCGUCGCUUCCACGCAAAUCGAUCGAAACCAUCAGGAAAAGUUUCCAAGGGGACCAGCUGCACGCGGGAGACUUGGAAGCAGGUGAAAAAGACCAUUAUUCAAUACGACAUAUCUAUGGCGAUCUCGAUAGCGACGAGAUCAAUUUACAACGUACCGCGACACGGAAAACCAUUCUUAGCGAGAUUGAGAACCGGGCAGGCGAGGCAAUAAUAAAGGACGGCCGAUUUGAACAUGACUUUGACAACGAUGGCGUUAUUGAAGAUAAAGUACUACAGAUCCAACAACACGGCGAAGAAUUCAACAAGAUCGACCCUGAGCUCAUCACGUGGCAAGGCGCCGAUGACCCUCAGGAUCCACGAAACUGGAACAUCAAACUCAAGAUAUUCUUGCUCGGGUUCGUUUCCCUUUACGCGCUCGUGGCUCCCAUGUCCUCGAGUAUGCUAUCUCCCGCCAUGACCGACAUCAGCGCCGCGUUCGGCAUCACCUCCACCGUCAUGCAAGCCAUGGUGGUCUCGAUCCAGAUCUUGGCGUGGGCAUUUGGACCCUUGAUCAUUGCGCCCUUGUCCGAAUACGACAAUAUCGGGCGCAAAUUGGUCCUCGAUGGAUCAUGCUGGAUGUCUUUGUUCUUCAACUUGGGGUGUGCCUUCAGUCAAAACACGGCCCAGAUGAUGGUGUGUCGUUUCAUUGGUGGCCUAUUCGGGUGUGUGCCCAUGAAUGUCUGCGCUGGUGUCAUCUCCGACUUGUUCGACGCCAAGUCGCGUAACGCGGCCCUCGCGGGAUACUCGCUCGUGCCGUUAUUGGGGCCCGUUAUCGCGCCGUUGAUCUCGGGGUUCAUCGUCGACCACAUGCAAUGGCGAUGGUGCUUUUACGUCUUGUGCAUGUUCAAUGGCGCCGUGGCGAUCUUGGCUACUGCCUUCUUCAAAGAGACCUACGCGCCAACUUUGCUCAAGCGCAAAGCGGCUGCAUUGGCCAAGCAGACUGGCAACCACAACUUGCACACCAUAUACGAAAUCACUAAUGGCGGAGAAACAACGUGGCUGAGAUUGAGCAUGUGCAUGGUUCGACCCAUUGAGUUGUUAUGCACACACCCCAUGGUCAUCGGCUUGGGAAGCUUUAUGGCCUUCACGUACGGGUUCAUGUACUUGAUGAUUGUGACAUUUCCCCAAAUUUUUGAACAACAGUACGGAUUCAGCAAGAGUGUCACGGGUCUCAUGUACUUGCCCAUGGGGAUGGGUUUCAUCAUUGGUGUCUUGUUUUGGACAUUUAUGUGCGGCAGAGUCUACACGUACUUGACCAAGCGCAACAACAAUAUAGCCAAGCCCGAGUUCCGCUUGCCCUGCUUGAUCGCAUGCUCGCUUUUCAUCCCAGUGGGUCUCAUAUGGUUCGGCUGGUCCGCGCAACGUAAACUCCACUGGAUCAUGCCCGGGAUCGGACUGGCCUUCUUUGCAUUUGGCCUCACGUGCGUUUUCCAAACGAUCCAAACUUAUCUCAUUGACAUCAAUGUUCGAUUCGCUGCUAGCUCAGUUGCUGCUGCUGCUUUGUUCAGGUCGCUUUUCGGCUUCACCUUCCCGCUCUUUGCGCACAAGAUGUACGCUGCCAUGGGGUACGGGUGGGCCAAUACCAUGUGCGGCUUCAUUGGGAUCUUGUUGGGCGUCCCCUUCCCCAUUUUCUGCUAUUUGUAUGGUGAGCGCAUGAGGAAUUGGUAUAAUCAAAGGUUUGAAGCUAAGCAGCAAAGACGUGAUCAGCGCAAUUUGGAACGGUUAAGGCAGAAGAAUGGCGAUGUUUGUGAAAAAACAUAG